GCGUGUUCAGUGUUUAACGCCAUACUCACUCGCCACAUAUUCCAGCUAUAUGAAGGUGGUAAAACAGCAAGUGCUCAAGAAGACUUAUAUUAAAGGUUAGACAGCUUUUCCUGUUGCAAAGACCUACAGGGAGUAUAAUUCUGAAGCCUUUUGAGAGGGACAAUGGGAAAGGAAAAGACUCACAUCAGUAUCGUUGUGAUCGGCCAUGUGGACUCGGGGAAGUCCACAACCACUGGUCAUCUCAUCUACAAGUGUGGAGGGAUUGACAAAAGGACCAUUGAGAAGUAUGAGAAGGAAGCACAGGAGAUGGGCAAAGGGUCCUUCAAGUAUGCCUGGGUUCUGGACAAACUGAAAGCCGAGAGAGAAAGGGGUAUCACUAUCGAUAUUGCUCUGUGGAAGUUUGAGACAUUGAAGUUCUCAAUCACCAUUAUUGACGCCCCAGGACACAGAGACUUCAUCAAGAACAUGAUCACUGGAACUUCCCAGGCUGACUGUGCUGUUCUCAUUGUGGCAUCGGGAACAGGAGAGUUCGAAACUGGAAUAUCCAAAAAUGGCCAGACAAGAGAACAUGCUCUGCUUGCCUACACGCUGGGGGUAAAACAAAUUAUUGUUGGCGUGAAUAAGAUGGACACUACGGAACCACCCUUUUCUGAAAAGAGGUUUCAGGAAAUUGUCACCGAGGUUAAAGCCUACUUGAAAAAGGUUGGCUUUGACAAUAAAUCAGUGGCAUUUGUUCCUAUCUCUGGUUGGCAUGGGGACAAUAUGCUUGAAGAAAGUAAAAACAUGCCUUGGUAUACAGGUUGGUCUACUGUGAAAAAAACGGAUGACGGACAAGUAAAAGCUUCAGGAAGAACGCUUUUCGAAGCCCUUGAUAGCAUCGUACCUCCCACUAGACCGGUUAAAAAACCUCUACGCCUCCCCCUUCAAGACGUAUAUAAAAUUGGAGGUAUUGGAACUGUACCAGUGGGCAGAGUAGAAACAGGAGUUCUGAAGCCUGGAAUGAUCGUUACGUUUGCUCCUGCUAACAUCACAACAGAGGUCAAGUCAGUAGAGAUGCACCACGAAUCACUGACUGAGGCCUUACCUGGGGACAAUGUCGGCUUCAACGUCAAGAACAUCUCCGUCAAGGACAUACGUCGAGGAAACGUAACCGGUGACAGCAAAAACGACCCCCCAUGCACAACAAAAUCAUUCGUUGCUCAGGUGAUUGUUCUGAACCAUCCCGGACAGAUCGCUGCUGGCUACUCCCCAGUGCUGGAUUGCCACACAGCACACAUCGCAUGUCAGUUCGCGGAACUUAAAGAGAAAGUGGACCGUAGGAAUGGCAAGAAGUUAGAAGACAAUCCCAAGUUCUUGAAGUCUGGAGAUGCUGGCAUCAUAAAUCUGAUACCAUCAAAACCAAUGUGCGUAGAGCCAUUUGCCAAAUAUGCUCCACUGGGCAGGUUUGCUGUCCGCGACAUGCGACAGACGGUGGCCGUUGGGAUUAUCAAGGAGGUGACACAGAAUACAGGAGGCAAGGCUAAAUUAACCAAAGCUGCCAAGAAAGCUCUGUAGCAUGUACCGUUCUGAUAGAAAUUGAGCAGAUUUCUAAAUAACCAUUUCGCCUAGCUUACAUCACCCUCGUACAGAUUGAGAUAACCUAAAUCUUAACGUAUCACUUAACUACAAGCAAACAUAUAUUCAUAUGAUGUAAAAGUGAAAAGCUAUACAUCAGGGACUACAUGUACCAUGUAGUAAUCUCUCUCUCUCUCUCUCUCUCUCUCUCUCUCUCUCUCUCUCUCUCUCUCUCUCUCUCUCUCUCUCUCUCUCUCU